AUCAACAUGCGUACGUGGUCAUCGUUAACAAGAAGGCUUUUAUUUUUGUGUGCGUGACACCGGAACAAAAGGCAAAGUUUGAGCUCAUCUCCCGCUCUCCGACAGUAACGCUGUCGCGUUACCAUAGCAAUGGACAGAAGCAAAUGGGAGAAGUCCCUCACCUGCUUUCAGGCAUCUGCUCGUGGAUUCUUGGUGAGAAACCAAGUGCGUCGUGGGCGAGAAGACUUUGAGGACAUCGUGAAAGAGAUUGAUGGAGGCUUAGACCAUCUUGUCUGGAGGGAGAUGGUCAUCCCUUUUCCCCACUUCACAGACACCGACAGCCUUUUUCAACAACCCACCACCUCGGCUGGCAAGUUUUCAAAUCCACGACUAGCUGCCUGUGCCAGUCCCCGAAGCCCCCCAUCAUCAUCACCAUCAUCAGCACCACUGUCGGAGGAGAGAAUAGAUCACCGCGUGGAAGCAGAAAAAGACGAUUCACAAACCAAAGGACAGGCUUUUGUUUCUAAGCACCUUGUUCAGAGCAGUAAUGUGACAGUUGGUGGAGGGUCACAGAAAGACGGAGACUACACCACAGUCCGGAGCAGAUUAGAGCUGGACAUGAACGAUGGUCAGUCUAAAGCUCCCCGGCUGUUGUGCUUGACUAAGGAGGUGCCAUGCACCCCAGAGGCACUGCGUCUCCAUAGAAACACCCUGACCAUGGAGCUGGUCUGGCUCCAACAGGCCAUUGACAGCAGGAAAAAGUACUUGUCACUGAAGGACAGGCUGAGCGUAUCAUGACAACAGAAGCCAUGUGAAAUGGACUCUAUAAUGUGGGACAAACUGAUAUUUUGUACAUUAAAAAAAUAACACCAUAAAUAGAGUGGUAUUUAUUAUGUGUUUGACGAAACAGUGUACAUAUUAUUUUGCUAAUUUAAAAUGUGAAUAAAUUGUUUUCUUCAAAGUC